UGCUUUUAAGGAUAGGAUAUAUUUUUUUUUCCUUUCUGGAAAAGAGUGAAGAGACCAGCGUCAUGUUAUAGCAUUUGACCCACUCUUAAUCGGCCUGCAUACGUAGGACUCUUACCCUUCUUCAGUUUUUCUCAUUUUCUGGUUCUGUUGUUGCAGACGCUGACAUGACAAAACACGCUUCUUCCUAAUCAAUCCUCUUUGCUACUUUGACUCACCAAUAUAAAUAUCAAUUAUAAAUUGCCGUAUCCAUUGCUUCAUUUCACUCUUUCUCUUCUCACAUUGCUUCCUUCCUUUCUUUUCUUCAAAUGGAAAAAAAGGUCCUUUUUUUUGUCUCCAUUCUCUUAUUCAUUGCUCUGCUAUUUCAUGGAGGAAAGGUUUUAGCUUUCAAGAGCCAAGACGGAUCAGAGGAAUGGGGAUACGUUCAAGUCAGACCCAAAGCGCACAUGUUUUGGUGGCAUUAUAAAAGUCCAUAUAGAGUGGAAGAUCCUUCUAAGCCGUGGCCAAUUGUUCUAUGGUUGCAAGGAGGACCUGGUGCUUCAGGAGUUGGGAUUGGAAAUUUUGAGGAGGUUGGGCCUUUAGACACAAGCUUGAAGCCAAGGAACUCCACAUGGUUGAAAAAAGCUGAUCUCUUGUUUGUGGACAAUCCAGUUGGAACCGGGUACAGUUUUGUGGAGGAUAAAAAACUCUUUGUCAAAACAGAUGAUGAAGCAGCCACCGACUUGACUACGUUGUUGAUUGAGUUAUUCAAUAGGGAUGAGAAGCUGCAAAAGAGUCCUCUGUUCAUCGUGGCAGAGUCAUAUGGUGGUAAAUUUGCUGUCACUGUUGGGUUAUCUGCUCUGAAAGCUAUAGGAGAUGGGAAAUUGAAGCUUAGACUUGGAGGUGUGGCAUUAGGAGACAGUUGGAUCUCCCCAGAAGAUUUUGUGUUCUCAUGGGGUCCUCUCCUUAAAGACCUCUCACGACUUGACGAUAAUGGACUGCAAAGAUCAAACAGUAUAGCUGAGAGGAUCAAGCAGCAAAUUGAGGAUGGUAAAUUUGUUGAAGCCACCGAAUCAUGGAGUAAACUUGAGGAUGUGAUUUCCUCCAGCAGCAACAAUGUGGACUUCUACAACUUAUUGGAGGAUGCGGGAGGUGAUAACAUAGCAGCAAUGGAGUUAGGGUUAUACGAAAAAUUAUCAAUGAAGAGGUAUUCUAGAUAUCUUUCUUCCAUGAGGUCAAGGUCAUCUCCUGGUGGUGAUGAUGAUCUUGACAAGUUAUUAAACGGUGUCAUAAAGAAAAAAUUGAAGAUCAUCCCUGAGAAUGUCACAUGGGGAGGGCAGUCAGGUGAUGUUUUCGACUAUCUUGCAGGUGAUUUUAUGAGACCAAGAAUUAAUGAGGUUGAUGAACUGCUGACAAAAGGGGUCAAUGUGACUGUAUACAAUGGACAAGUUGAUCUGAUUUGUUCAACCAAGGGGGCUGAAGCUUGGGUUCAUAAACUAAAGUGGGAAGGGCUUAAAAAUUUCUUGGCGAAAGAUAGAACACCACUCUACUGCGGAAGUGACAAAUCUACAACAAAAGGCUUUGCUAAGUCCUAUAAAAACCUAUACUUCUAUUGGAUCCUCAAAGCUGGCCAUUUUGUACCCACUGAUCAACCCUGCGUGGCACUAGACAUGUUGGGUGCAAUUACACAGUCACCAGCUACUUGACAUUUGCAUAGAAAAGGAAAUAAUGUUACUAUUUGGAAGGUGAAGCAACAUACAAGAAAAGAGUCGACAAACAAAAUAGAACAGCAUCAUCAAGCAGUGAACAGCAAUAAUAAAAGACUCAAUAUUACAGUGAUGCUAUUGAUUGUUUGCUUUACCGUCUCAUUCUUUUCCGAAUGUCAUAAUUAAUUAUAUGCUUUUUUUUAUUCCAGAAAGUCAGUCCCCCUUUACUGUUCUGAUUUUUAAAUGGAAAAUAAAUAAUUCUCACUCAA